AUGGCCAGCCACGCCCCGGACAACAAUAGCGACUAUGCGGUGCCUUCGCCGGGCCGCUCAUUACCAGCCACUGGCGCCAAACCCGAGGAAUCCCCGGUGCCUUCGCGCUCAGCCUCGUUGGAUCCCGAUUCCCUCAUUCCAGAUAUCCCUGACCACCAUAAUGGACUGACGACCGCUGGACGGAAGCGCAAACUCAACAGCACCUCGUCGCGAGGUGUCGCCAACCUCACCCCCGAUCAAUUGGCGAAGAAACGUGCCAAUGACCGCCAAGCACAACGCGCCAUUCGUGAGCGCACCAAAACCCAUAUCGAAGCGCUUGAACAGCAAGUGAGAGAACUCGCUUCUCAGAAACCGGUCCUCGAUCUUCAAGCGGCUGUCCAGCAAAACGAGCGCAUCCGGUUAGAAAACCAAGAGCUUCGCCGGAGCCUCAAAACGGUGAUGGACAUUAUACAACCCCUACUGGCAAGACCAGAAGCCUCUGAUCUACCACCCGUCGUUUGUCAACCCAGAUCGAUCCCACCACCAUCUAAUUUAUCUCCCUUUCCCGAUUCCGACCACCUUACCCCAAAUACUCAACAUGCAGUCACAGGCGACAAGUCAUACGACGAGUCAAUUGCAAGCCUUGAUACACCUUCCCCUACAUACUCCGCCCCGGUUCUAGGAAGUCGCCGCAACAGUUCCAACGGAGGUGUUCAGUCAGCCGCGUUUCGCUCUGCAUUGGAUACCCAACGCCACAACAACGCCCACGGCUUAGACCUCAGCUUAGAAGAGCGGCUCGGCUUCAACUUCCUCCUCGACCCUUCCCACAAUGUCCCGAAGGUCGACCAGAUUCGGCGCAGUAGUUCAGAGAACUACCGCAGCCCACAACCGAAUUCAGAGCCACCACCAUACCCUCAAUUACUGGACUACUCGGCUGACCAGGAGCGGCCCGCUUUUGCGAUACCCAUUAAAAAUACCGCACCGACAUGCCCCUUGGACAGCAUCUUGUUAGACUUUCUUCACAGUAGGCAGCAAGAAGCAGCUCAAGGGAUACCGAGACAGAAGCUCGCGGGACCUCCGUAUCCCAGUGUUUCCUCGUUACUCAACCCGGAGAAGAGCGUAUACUCGCAUCCAGUGUCCAAAGUGUUCACAGAUAUUCUGCGCACUUUCCCAGAUAUCUCCUCACUUCCAGAGCAAGUGGCAGUGCUCUACACCAUGUUCCUCAUCAUGCGUUGGCAAGUAUAUCCCACGCAAGAGAAUUAUGAUCGGCUGCCCGAGUGGCAUACUCCGCGGCCCACACAGCUUCUUACCGCACACCCUGCAUGGAUAGACUAUGUCCCUUGGCCUCGAAUGCGUGAUCGCCUUGCUAUGUCCCACCAGGACUAUCCUUUUGAGAAUUGGUUCAUACCUUUCACGCGAGGCCUGAAUGUGAAUUGGCCUUAUGAGGACACCGACUGUCUCUUGUCAGCCGGUAGUUCAGAUGAGCUCCUCAUCAACCCCGUAUUUGAGCGACAUCUACGGAAUCUCUCCAACUGGUCAUUGGGUCCACUGUUUGCAGAGACCUAUCCAAAUCUGGUCGACACCACACAAAUCAGACCUGACAAGAAUUCGAGCAAACCUCCGUCUUAG